CCUGCCAUACCUACCCUGUGUUCCAGCAGUGAAUUGCUCACGGUUCCCAAAGGCCCCGGGCUCUUGCACAUUAAUCUCCUUUGCUGGGAAUGCCUUUUCUCUUGUCACCACUGCUCAGCCAGUUCAUUCCUGUUUGUCUUUCCAGACCCAGCUCAAACAUCAGCUCCUUUUGAAUGCCUCCUUUGAAUCCUACUCUCCUCCCUUCCUCGGCCUGAAUUAGAUGCCCUCCUCUGAACACACGUACGUCUUGGAGCACAAUUGUCAACAGAGCGGAGCUUGAUCCACUGUGUUCUGAGCACCUUGAGGGCAGGGGCCAUCUCCUACUCUCUUUGGGAUCUUCGGAACCUAACACAGAACUGGCACAGCAGACACACAUCUGUUGAUUGAUUCUUCGAUCCCAGCUUCUUCUAUUUAUUAAUGGUAUGAUAUUGGUUGUCAAAUCCACACGGUCGCCAGAAAAGAAGAAACAGAUGGAAGUAACAGAAACCACCGCGGUGGAGAUCUUAGCCGUCAGACUCAAGUGGAAGAGCCGGGGGAAACCUUGGAGGAAGCUCGGCGGGAGCUUUUCCCUUUCUCCGGGGUCUCGAAGGCCGAGGUCCGAGGUCCGUCCUGCAAGGGUCCUUCCGAACACCAGAGUGAGUUCGUAUUUUGAAGAUAAAUGUAGAAAGCUAAGAAUGAAUAGUGACUGGCAUUUAAGUGCCAGCCUCCUUCAGAGUAGUGGAAGCUGCCUGGUCACGGGGACAUCGGUGGGUGCCCAUCCUUAUCCCGUGGUGAUGGGAUGCUUCCUGAGAGGGAGAAGCUCACUGCCUGCUGAGCAACCCUGCAGAGCACCUCCUUCGGGUGGAAACCACUGCCUAACCAUUGAAUCAGCAGAAAGUGCCAGAAAAUCCAUUUUGUGCCCUGGACCAGAGGAUGUGCUGUGUUCAGAAAUUAACAGGAACUCUCCCAGGAUUGCCUGCAGGAGGAUGCAAGGGAUAUCACCAUAUGGUCUGAUAACUAGUCCCUGCGCCUUGAAAAACAAGCCUGAAUGAGGGGAGGACUUCAAGAUAACAGGAGAUACGACCAAGCAGAUUUUUCUCUUCUAUUUUUUCCCUUCUGCUUUCUUCUGGGUCCUGGCCAUUUCUUUCUCUGCUUGGGGUUAUAAAAGCUCAAACCACUCUUCUCACUCUGAACUGGUCAUGGAACGCUUUUUUUUUCCCCUCCAGUUCCUUGUUAAUGCAUCGUCAAUAAACUCAUCUUCUCACCAAA